ACAACAUUUCCUGCUAUUCCUUCCAUUCCCCCAUCUCUUCCUCCCUCACUCAGUCGUUUCAUCACUGCAAUAGAAACGACUGUCAAUAAUCUCUCUCCUCCACAACAAUGGCGUCCAAAUCUAAGAUCUACUCCUUCUUCUUCACUUUCUCUCUCCUCCAAUUCCUCAUUUCUUCUUCUUCUCUUCGUAAAACUUACAUCGUUCACAUGAACCACCAUCAAAAACCGUCCAUUUUUCAAACCCACCAUGAAUGGUAUUCCUCUAACCUCCAUUCUCUCUCUUCUUUUGAUACUUUAUCAUCUUCUUCUUCUUCUUCUUCUUCCUCACCUUCGUUACUCUACACUUACGAGAAUUCCUACUCUGGUUUCGCCGCCACUCUUACUAACUCAGAAGUACAAUCUCUCCAACAAAACGACGCUGUUUUUGGAAUCUACGAGGAUACACUCUACACUCUCCACACUACUCGCACCCCAGAAUUCCUCGGCCUCGAUGUUGCCGGAGAAGGUCUAGCUUCAGGGGACAAACUCGACACUUCCGACGUAAUCGUCGGAGUUCUCGACACUGGGAUCUGGCCUGAAUCCGAAUCGUUCUCGGACUCGGGUAUUCCACCCGUACCCAAACGGUGGAAAGGGGAGUGUGAAACGGGACCCGAAUUUUCUCUCUCCUCUUGCAACAAAAAACUCAUCGGUGCUAGAAGCUUCUCUCAUGGGUAUAAGAUGGCUUCAGGAGGAGGAAUUUCAACCACCGACGACGUCGUUUCACCUCGUGACACUGAUGGACAUGGGACCCACACUGCUAGUACUGCUGCCGGUGGACACGUGGGGAAUGCUAGUUUGCUUGGUUAUGCUAGUGGUACGGCACGUGGGAUGGCGCCUCGUGCACGUGUGGCGGUUUACAAGGUUUGCUACAAAUCGGGUUGUUUCGGGUCGGAUAUUCUUGCUGGGAUUGAUAAGGCGAUUGCGGAUGGUGUUGAUGUGCUUUCUCUCUCUUUAGGUGGAGGAUCUGCGCCUUAUUUUCGUGAUACAAUUGCGAUUGGUGCGUUUUCUGCGAUUGAGAAGGGUAUUUUUGUGUCUUGCUCUGCUGGGAACAGUGGGCCUACUAAAGCUUCGUUAGCGAACACUGCGCCUUGGAUUAUGACCGUUGGAGCUGGUACCCUUGAUCGAGAUUUCCCGGCUUUCGCCGUUUUAGGUAAUGGGAAGAAGUUCACUGGAGUUUCGCUAUACAGUGGGACAGGAAUGGGAAGGAAAUCAGUGGGUUUGGUUUAUGCUGGUGUUAGUGGGAGGAGAAAUGGGUCGAGUAAUUUAUGCAUGCCGGGUUCGUUGGAUUCGAGUUUGGUUAAAGGGAAGGUGGUGGUGUGUGAUCGUGGGGUUAACCCUAGGGUGGAGAAGGGUGAGGUGGUGAAGGAGGCGGGUGGAAUUGGGAUGAUUUUGGCAAAUACGGCGGCGAAUGGGGAGGAAUUGGUGGCGGAUAGUCAUUUGAUUCCGGCUGUUGCUGUUGGGAUGAAGAUUGGGGAGGAGAUAAGGGAGUAUGUGAGGAAUGCUGGGAGGAAGGCGAGGGCGUUGUUGAGUUUCGGAGGGACGGUUUUGAAUGUGAGGCCGUCUCCGGUGGUGGCGGCGUUUAGCUCUCGUGGGCCGAAUUUGGUUACGCCACAGAUAAUGAAGCCGGAUGUGAUUGGACCAGGGGUGAAUAUCUUGGCUGCUUGGUCUGAGAUUGCUGGACCUACUGGGUUGGAGAAGGAUACCAGGAAGACUAAGUUUAACAUCAUGUCAGGCACAUCUAUGUCAUGCCCACACAUUAGUGGAUUGGCAGCAUUGCUUAAAGCAGCGCAUCCUGAAUGGAGCCCAAGUGCCAUUAAAUCUGCCCUCAUGACCACGGCUUACAACCACGACAACAUGCAAAACCCACUUCGCGAUGCAGCUGAUGGAUCUCUCUCUAACCCUUGGGUUCACGGAGCAGGUCAUGUGGACCCCCACAAGGCUAUCUCUCCAGGCUUAGUGUAUGACAUCUCAGUUGAUGACUACAUUGCCUUCCUGUGCUCCUUGGACUACACUCCACUGCACCGUCAAAUCAUUGCCAAGAGACCAAAUAUUACCUGUUCAAGGAAAUUGUCUGAUCCUGGCCAGUUAAACUACCCGUCAUUCUCUAUCCAAUUUGGCAAGUCUAGAAUUGUCAGGUACACACGUGAACUCACCAACGUGGGUGCUGCCAGAACUCUGUACCAAGUUCAAGUUGAUGCUCCCCGGUCAGUAGGAGUGAAGGUAAGGCCUUCAAGACUUCUUUUCAGGAGUAUUGGUGAGAAGAAGAAAUACACAGUUACUUUUGUCGCAAGGAAGGGGAAAACACCUCCACCUACGAGAACUGCUUUCGGAUCUGUCUUAUGGAGCAGUAAAACAAACCAAGUGAGAAGCCCCGUUUCCUUUACAUGGACGACGCUACUAUCGUAAGGUUUAUCAUCUAGCAACAGAUUAGUUACAUUUUCUGCACUAUCACCUCUCACUUCAAGAUGCUUGCUAGCUGCUGGAAAUGCAGUUUGGAGAGGGAAGCGUGAUGCUCAAGAUCUCUCCAAAACAGUGUAGUUGGCUUUUUCCGAUGGUAGGGAGCAGCAAGCUCGAGUGUGCUAGUUAUUUUUAAGGAUUGCAGUAGAGAAUAGAAGCAUUAGUCUAGCUUUUCUAUCAAGAGAGAAAAAAUUACUGGCCCAUCGAAUCUGAUGAUACUGGGCUGGAAACGUGCAAUAUAACUUUAUCACCAGUGGUGUUGUUUGAUGUGGUUAAUCACAGAAAGCAAUUUUAGCUGUGCUUCCAGAAUUUCCUCUGGUAUAGUAUAUGUGUAUUUUUCUUUUAACUGCA